AAAAUCAAUAAAUAAAUACAAAUAUCAAUAAUUUAUAAUUUCAUAAAUAUAUGUAAACAAUUUUUAAUCAAUUAUCAAAAAACAUAACAUAUUAAAAGUUAAUUAAAAACAUAAUUUACAUUGCCACUGACAAUUUUGGACUUGCGGAAUAUCAAACGAAAUCUUUUUAGACUGAAAAUAAGGACAAUUGGAAUAUUAAUUUUAAGAUUUUGAAUGAUUUACAACACAAUGGAACUGCAUCAACGACAUCUUUCCAAUUUCUAUAAAUUGCACAAAUAAAUUCUAGAUGAAAUUGAAAUUAGAGAAUUGCAAUUGUAAUUGCAAUUGAUUAAUCCAACAGAGAAGAGAUUAAUCGAGAGAAGAUGCCCAACAUGUCGAGCAUAAAGACGGAGCAAAGUGUGUCUCCGGGUGCCAGUGGUAGCUAUCAGUUGCCGGUGAACAUGUCCUCCACGCCCUCCUCGACGCGUCACAAUGUCUCCGUGACGAACAUCAAGUGCGAGCUGGACGAGCUGCCGACACCGAAUGGGAAUCUGGUGCCGGUUAUAGCCAACUAUAAUAAUCACAAUAAUCACAAUAAUCAUAAUCACAAUCACAAUCAUGGGAGCAGUCUGCGUAUACCUUUGGGUAUGCCUGGUGGCAAGCAGGAUGAGUCCGAUUCAGAGGCUGAGUUGGCCAAUAUUGAGAAUCUAAAGGUGCGACGACGUGUGCCGGAUAAAAAUGGUCCACGACCCAUGUCCUGGGAGGGUGAACUUAGUGAGCCCGAGACGGCGGCCGAUGAGGAGCUAAUGGAAACGGAGACGGUUAUCAAGUGUGAGGCGAGCAGUGGCCAAGUGGCAGCUAUGAUGCAACCGAUUAAAACCGAACUAGAGCAUAUAGCUGGCGAAAUGCAAUUACAGCAGCAACAACAGCAACAACAACAACAUCAGCAGCAGCAACAACAGCAGCAGCAACAACAUCAGCAGCAACAACAGCAGCAGCAACAUCAGCAGCAACAUCUGCAACCCAUCAAACAAAACUUUGCACCCAAUAAUAAACUGAAACUGGCGCCAACGCAAAGUGAUCCGAUUAAUCUGAAAUAUGAGCCAACAACAUCGACAACGCUUUGUGAUCGCAGCAAAUCGAACAGUGGAGGCCAUUUGCCAUUGCUGCCCGCCAAUCCCAGUCCCGAUUCCGCCAUACAUUCCGUCUAUACGCACAGCAGUCCGUCGCAGUCGCCGCUGACAUCGCGACACGCCCCCUACACGCCCUCGCUGAGUCGCAACAACAGCGACGCCUCGCACAGCAGCUGCUACAGCUACAGCUCCGAGUUUAGUCCCACCCAUUCGCCCAUCCAGGCACGUCAUGCCCCGCCCGGCGGUGGCGCCUCAAUAUUCCCCGGCAAUGCAGCGGCAACGGCCUCCAGUUAUGCCAAUGGCGGUGCCCUGCAUCAUCAUAGUGUGCUGUAUCGUCCACUCAAUGUGGAGGCAUCGUCGACUGCGUCCGCCUCUGCGUCCGGCCAGGAGGCGCAAAAUCUCAGCGUGGAUGGCAGUGGCAGUGGCGUUGCCCUGGAUGCAACGGCCACAUCACUGCCGGCAUCUCCGGCGGGCAUAUCACGGCAACAGCUCAUCAACUCACCCUGCCCGAUUUGUGGUGAUAAGAUCAGUGGCUUUCACUAUGGCAUCUUCUCCUGCGAGUCAUGCAAGGGCUUCUUCAAGCGCACGGUUCAAAAUCGCAAGAACUAUGUGUGCGUACGCGGUGGUCCCUGCCAGGUGAGCAUCUCGACGAGAAAAAAGUGCCCCGCCUGCCGGUUUGAGAAGUGCCUGCAGAAGGGCAUGAAAUUGGAGGCCAUACGCGAGGAUCGCACACGCGGCGGUCGCUCCACUUAUCAAUGCUCCUACACUUUGCCCAAUUCGAUGCUCAGUCCGCUUCUCAGUCCGGAUCAAGCGGCUGCCGCCGCAGUUGCCAAUCAACAACAACAGCAGCAACAACAUCAACAUCAGCACCAACAGCAACAACACCAGCGAUUGCACCAUCAUCAUCAUCACCAUCAUCAACAACAACAACAACAACAGCAGCAGCAACAACAUCAACAUCAACAACAGCAACACGGACCAAUCAAUGGCUUUGGAGGUGGCUCCAAUUCCCUUCCAUCUAGUCCAAGUCUGGGCACAUCAAUCAAGACGGAGCAAACGGAGGCACUAAAUCAUCACACGACGCGAGCAUCAAGCAUUCCAUCUCUGUUGCAGGAAAUCAUGGAUGUUGAACAUCUCUGGCAAUAUACCGAUGCCGAACUGGCACGCAUCAAUCAACCGCUGUCCUCAUUUGCCGCUGGCGGCUCCUCAUCGAGCUCGGGGGGCGGUACGGGUUCAGGUGGACAUCACACUGCCAAUGCACAACAGAUGACCAAUCCACUGCUGGCCAGUGCUGGUCUCUCAUCCAACGGCGAGAAUGCCAAUCCCGAUCUGAUUGCCCAUCUCUGCAAUGUCGCCGAUCAUCGCCUCUACAAGAUUGUCAAAUGGUGCAAGAGUCUUCCACUCUUCAAAAACAUCUCGAUUGAUGAUCAGAUCUGUCUGCUCAUCAACUCGUGGUGUGAACUUUUGCUCUUCUCCUGCUGUUUUCGUUCUAUUGAUACGCCCGGCGAGAUCAAGAUGUCACAGGGCCGAAAGAUAACGCUGGCACAGGCCAAAACUAAUGGCUUACAGGCCUGCAUUGAGCGCAUGUUGAAUCUGACGGAUCAUUUGCGACGUUUACGCGUUGAUCGCUACGAAUAUGUUGCCAUGAAGGUAAUCGUGCUGUUGCAGUCCGAUACAACGGAGCUGCAUGAGGCGGUCAAGGUGCGAGAAUGUCAGGAGAAGGCGCUGCAGGGCUUGCAGGCAUAUACGUUGGCCCAUUAUCCCGAUACGCCGUCCAAAUUUGGGGAGCUAUUGCUGCGCAUACCCGAUCUGCAGCGCACGUGUCAGCUGGGCAAGGAGAUGCUUACGAUAAAGACGCGCGAUGGUGCCGAUUUCAAUUUAUUGAUGGAAUUGCUGCGGGGAGAACAUUGACAAAUGGAAGGCAGCCGCCGUGCCAAGGGCUAAGGCGUACAAGUUUUAUAUGAUUAGUAUUAGUAUAUCUAUGCCUAGUGUUAAGUGCUCUAUGUGUAAGCUCUGAAAACAUGUGCCUAAACAAUGAACCCACAGACGCACCAACAGCAGCAACAACAACAAACAAUUAACCGUAGCAACAGCAUCGAAACUCGAGAACAAAACUGAUAGAACUUAAAGGAAACACGGAAAAUGGGUAGUAGAAAACUCGAAAUUUUUUUGAAACGCAAAAAAUUGCCAAAUUUUAACACAAAA